AUGGGGUUCAAAGUUGUCAUCGCUGGAGCCAGCGUUUCGGGCCUCUCGCUAGCCAACAUGCUCGAGAAGUUCAACAUCGACUAUGUCAUCCUUGAGGCAUAUCCGAAUGUUGCGCCUCAACUUGGAGCAAGCAUAGGGCUACUUCCGAGCGGCCUGCGCAUUUUGGACCAGCUAGGUUGCUACGAACGUCUUCGGGAAAUGGCCGGAAAUUGUUACUACCAAAACGUUCUGCGUCGAUUCGACGGCAGGGUGUUGGCGAAGAAAAAGCACAUCACCUUCUCGGAACGAAUGGAAAACAAAAUAGGAUAUCCUCAGAUGUUUAUUGAUCGGCAGAUGCUUCUCCAGGUUCUCUUCGACAACCUCAAGUUCAAAGACAGAAUCUUGACACAGAAGCGCGUCACACACGUAGAUACAACCGAGGGUUGCGUCCAUGUUCAGACUCAGGACGGAUGCACGUACAGCGGAGACAUUGUUGUAGGUGCGGAUGGCAUCCACAGCGCGGUGAGGAAUGAGAUGUGGCGCAAUGCCAAUGAAGCAGACGCAAAUUUGUUUCAUUCGGAUGAGCUAUCGCGUCUUCAAUCUGAUUCGAAGUGUAUCUUCGGCAUCUCCAAACGGCCCUCGGGGCUGCAAGCUGGACCAAUUCAAAUCAACGCAUUCUUCGAUGGCUGGAAUUACAUGAUGCUUUCAGCACCUGAAAAUCGGCUGUAUUGGUUUCUCUUCAACAAAAUGGAGAAGACCAGUGGCAAGGAUAUCCCUAAAUUCACCAAAGAAGACGAAGCUCGUUUGGCAAAACAACAUUUUGGCGACUAUGUCACCGAAACGACGACCUUUGAGGACAUCUACAACAACCGUCUUAACUCCACGCUCGUCGCUCUCGAGGAGCAUGUCUUUGCAAGAUGGCACUUUGGGAGAAUCAUUGUGAUUGGGGACGCCGCCCACAAGGUCCAUCCCAUUACCGCUCAAGGAGGCAAUGGUGCAAUGGAAACUGCAGCAGCUCUUACCAACGCUCUCAGGCGAAAACUGGACCCAGGUUCCAUGAAUGAACGACUGUCUGAGAAGGAUGUUGAAGAUGUUUUCGCCGAGGUUCAGGCCAGCCGAUUCGAUAGCGCAGCGGCUGCUGUCGAACAAGGCCGCAGGAGUAAAGCCAUCUCCACCCAGGACAAUCUGUUAUCACGAAUCUUCGUUCAUGGCGUGUUGGCCUGGUUCGGCGACCUGCUGAUUAUGACUCUGGUUCUCCAGGGUUAUAAGGGCAGUACCGUUAUCGAGGACCUUGAGGUCACCGACACUCGUCCCGCCUAA